UCUAUGUCUUGCCUAGUCGUAAUGGGAUUGGUUGUGUGUCGCGGAUUAACAAACUCGCUGAGAACAGGGGAAGGGGAGGGCGGGAGGCUGUCCUGGGGGGCCAGUAAAUAGACUCACUACCUCCCCUUUCCUCUGCUCUCCUCUCUGUCCGACUGGAAGUUGCUCGCUAGCUUAAUGCCUGUGGGGGGAAGGGAAGAGUGGUCGGCUCACUCUGGUGCUGGGACUGAGAAACGGGGAGAGGGAAGGAGAGGGAGCCAUGGAGGUCCUGCUCGUUCCCCUCUGCAGAGAGACAGGCAAUUUAUCACUUGUGAUGCCGUCUAACUACAGCCCAGCAACAAAGAUCACACUAGGAGCGGUCAAUGCCAAUGUGGGGACCCAGAUGAUCAUCAGCACGGCACAGAGAGUUUCGCACACAGGGAUCCUCAUAGGUAGCCCCUUAACACACACGCCCACCAUGGUCGACCAGGGAUGCAACCAGGACGCGAACAAGUGGACCCAAGGGGCCAAGAAGCGAACGCAUGAUUUCAUUGACUCAUAUUUUUCUGACCGGGAUGGGCUGUGCUCAGAAGACUCUUCAGCCAGCAAGCGGCUGAAGAAGGGCGAUAAGAACGGGAAGGGCCUGAGGCAUUUCUCCAUGAAGGUGUGUGAGAAGGUGCAGAAGAAAGGCACCACAUCCUACAACGAGGUGGCCGACGAACUGGUGGCUGAAUUCGCCCACUCCACCACCGUCAUGGCCGCAGACUUGCAGGUGUAUGACCAGAAGAACAUCCGCAGGCGCGUGUACGACGCUCUCAACGUGCUGAUGGCCAUGAACAUCAUCUCCAAGGAGAAGAAGGAGAUCCGCUGGAUCGGCCUGCCCACCAACUCAGCCCAGGAGUGUCAAAACCUGGAGGUGGAGAAACAGAAACGCCUGAAGAGGAUCAGACAGAAGAGAACUCAGCUGGAAGAACUCAUACUGCAGCAAAUCGCCUUCAAGAACCUGGUGCAGAGAAACAAAGCCAGCGAGGCUUCCUCCCUGGCCCCUCCCCCCUCCGGCUCUGUCAUCCAGCUCCCCUUCAUCAUCCUCAACACAGACGUACGCACCGUCAUCGACUGCUCCAUCUCCAGCGACAAAUGCGAAUACCUUUUCAACUUUGACAACACCUUUGAGAUCCAUGACGACAUAGAGAUUCUGAAGCGCAUGGGGAUGUCCCUGGGCCUGGAGAGUGGGAAGUGCAGCGCAGACAAUCUCAUUGUGGCCAAGUCCCUCAUCCCCAGGUCUCUGGAGACCUACGUCAUAGGCAUGGCAAGAGGCACCAGUCAAACAAGCUCUUUCCCAGGUGACCUGGACUCCGCCUCUUUGAAUGGAAGGCGGAGCUACAGCCACAGUAGCACCGCCCUCUCCGAGUCUCGAGGCCAGACGCCCAGCUCCUUCAACGAGGAAGAGGAGGACGAUGACAAUGAUGACGACGAACCCUCUUCCCCAGAGUGACUGACGGACAGACAGACAGCUAGCCAGGCAUCAGUGAUGCACCAUACCUCUCUCUCUCUGGUACAGGACUCUCGUCUCCCACUGUUCACAGGGGGAAUGGAAGUUCUCUGGGGAUGUGGCCAGAUAUACAGGAAAUAAGCUGUCAGUCAUUCAGGUCUAUGGUACAAUAUUUUAGAAGCAUUUAUAUCUCUCUGUCUCCCUCUUAAUUUCUCCCAUGUAGUUAUUUUUGUAAAUGACUUCCAUGUCGCUUUCUGCCAAGAGGCGAUAGCUGCAUAAUCUCAACUCCCUGAAAAAUGGUCUGUUGUUUUUAGAUGGAGUGCAAUGUUUUGUAGUCGUUUUCUACUAGACGUAAGCACUAGGAGCAGUGCGGCUAUGCAUCAAAACGCUCACACUGCCUCGACACACAACAGACUCAGCGACUGAAUAGUUUUCGGGAUUAUUAAAGAUGUCUUUAUAUUUAUUUCCCUGUUACAUUGAAACAUGUCAAACGUAUAUGAAUAGUAUGUGUGUUGAUGUAGGCUAGUGGUUUUGCUUUCUGUUCCUCCUUUAACGCAACAUUUGUCUGAUCGAUGGGAUUUCUAGGCUUCUUUACAUUACUUAUGAUAGUCCUUUAUUAUUUUUGCAGUUUACUGUUAGCCAUUUGAUGCAACUGUGUGGAAAGAUACCAGCAGCAACCUUUAGCCCUGGUAUUAGCCCUACCUUGUCUAGAAACAAGGGUACCUUAUGAGUAAAUGUAGUUUUCUUUUAAGUGUGAACCAUUAUUAGUCUGUCUCUCAUCAAUGUCUUUUUUUAUAUUAUCCUUGAGCCGAUAUGUAAUGGCCUAUUCCGUUCAAUGCAUUGCACCCUCCUGAACGCGAUCUCAAUGCGUUGUCGUGACCUUUGACCCCUUGAGCUCGUUAGGCCCUACACUCAGUGGACAUUCCACUUGGGGAAACGUGUGUACUCUUUUUUUUUUAGAAGGUUCUGCUAUGUAGUUGCAGAUAUGACUGGGUCUGUAAAUAUACAUAAAUAAACAUAAUUUUGUUUAAA